UUUGAAUUUAAACGGCAGCGGGGUUAGAGUGGCUCGUUAGAGAGAGAGAGAGAGAGAGAGUGUGUCCGGCAACGGCAACGGUCUUCUCAGGAUUUCUGAUUACAAAUGGAGAAAAAGCUUGCGAGCCAAGGUGGACGUGCUGGAAAGAUGCCAGCCUUGGAUGGUCCAAAACGUUCUGUAGAAUCGAAACAAAACUCUCAGAAUCGACCACCUACAGGGAGCUUGUCAGCACAACAUAUGGCUUGUAAUGCAGGCCAGCAAAGUGCAUCCUUUCAAACACGGGUUCUGUCUGCCAAUUCAGCUCCAAUCAAACGUCCGGUGUUAACAAAUCAAGUAAAACAGACAGUGCAAGCGCCCCCACAGCUGAAGCAGGUUUGCCAAAAAGCAGAAGUUCAUCAAAUUUCUGAACCACCCAGAAGUCAAAUCAAUGCACAACCUGCUGAGGCACUGAAUGAUGGAAAACCUGCUGAGAGUACAUCAAUGGAUUGUCAUAAUGCAAGUGAGAAGAAAAAGAAAAAGCAAUGGUGUUUGGAUGACUUUGAAAUUGGCCGCCCACUUGGAAAAGGCAAAUUUGGAAAUGUGUAUUUGGCCCGGGAACGACAAUCCAGAUUUAUUCUGGCAUUGAAAGUGCUUUUUAAAUCUCAACUUGAGAAAGCUGGGGUGGAACACCAACUCAGAAGAGAAGUUGAAAUCCAGUCACAUCUCAGGCACCCGAAUAUUUUACGACUAUUUGGCUACUUCCAUGAUGCUUCUAGAGUUUAUUUGAUCUUGGAGUAUGCUCCUCGUGGUGAACUUUAUAAAGAACUGCAGCGAUGUGGGAAAUUUGAUGAUGGGAGAAGUGCUACGUAUAUGUCUGAGCUGGCUGAUGCACUCGUAUACUGUCAUUCAAAGAAGGUGAUUCAUAGAGACAUUAAGCCAGAGAAUCUAUUACUUGGGGCAAAUGGAGAGCUGAAGAUUGCAGAUUUUGGAUGGUCUGUGCAUGCUCCAGCUUCCAGAAGAGCAACAUUGUGUGGUACCCUGGACUAUCUGCCACCAGAGAUGAUUGAAGGAAAAAUGCAUGAUGAAAAGGUUGACCUUUGGAGUCUUGGUGUUCUUUGCUAUGAAUUUUUAGUGGGUCACCCUCCAUUUGAAGCAGCAGAUCGUCAAGAAACCUUUAGGAGAAUUUCUAAAGUUGACCUUAAAUUUCCAUCCUUCAUAACAGAGGGUGCAAAGGAUCUAAUUACUAGGUUGCUGAAGCACAACCCCAACCAACGGCUACCUUUGAAAGAUGUACUUGAACAUUUAUGGGUGGUUAAACAUGCUGUUAAAUCAGCCACCCAGAAGAAGGAGCCCAUGACACCAUCUGACCCCAACAUGUAAACCAGGGAAGUAUAGGAAAUGCUGGUUUUGAGACUUUGCAGUGCAAUAACCAUUUUCUGACUGCCUGCAGCCACUAUUUUGUCUGAUUCUGAGUGUAGGAAUCUUCUCAGCAGACAACUCAGGCUAAUAGAGAAUUGGUGAAUUUCUUAAUUUACCUCUGUUUAAAUUGUACUGUAUUAAAUUCUGGGACUGUCUAGAUUCCCCUUAAUCAGUUUCCACUGCUCAUGGUGGAAUUCACUAAUUUUCUCUUGAAAAUUAAAUCUGUGUAUGUUUACUGUAAUGUUUUCACUAGUGAAUGAAAUGAAAAGGAAAAGUUGUGACUCUCAACUGAAUUUUGCAACUGCAAAAACAAAGUUGCUGUAAAUAAAGAAUUAGCUAUGAGAGCCUCUUCAGGUUUGAAUGUUAAUGGCCCAGUUGAAUUUUAACUUUUUUCUCUAUUUAAAAAUAUUAAUGCUUAUGUCAUGGAUCUAGCUUGGAUUAGUUACUGUAGAGGUGAGAAGGACAUCUGUGUUCCUGCUACGUGCAGUUAACUUGCAGUGGUUCAGAAAUUACAACCUUACCAACUGUACAAAUUGGUUCCCUUGCACCUGGUCAGAAUUCAGUCAGUCCCUCAGACUGUAUGUAAAUUAAGCUUAGUUAAUUGCUGUCAUGGGUUUUACAAAUGCCAUGUUAACUUCUGUAACACUCCUGUUAUUUUACUUGUGUAACAAAGGAUGGACUCUUUAAACUGCCCUUGCAAAAUCUUGUCAAAAAUCCGCGAACAGAUCACUGAUCUGAAAAUGGUAAGAUUUGAUAUGUGGGAACUUUGAUUUGGAUGCAGUUUCUUGAUCACCUGCUUUUGUGUGUAUAUCAACUUUCCAGUUGGAUUUCUUCUUCUAGUUAGAAACCUUUAUUUUAUAGCUAUGUUUACAAUAUCCAUCAAGUUGAGAUGAUUAUACAUUAAUAAAAAGUCUAGCAUUUUGAAACUAAA